CCCUUCUACGCUUCGAAACAAACUUGUUCUCGGUCCACAGACUUCGUUGGCAGAGUCUAUCUCGCUCGUACAUUUCUUCGUUGAAUACAUACAUAAGUUACUUUACUUAUUAGCUUGUGCUUCUCGCUGUCUGGAUACAGAGCAUCGAUCUGUUCUCGCUUCCAACUCACUCACUCACUUAUACCAACCGCAACCGCUUUGAAAGCACUCACUUACACAACAACCAACACCAACACAAUGCAUUUCUCUAAGCUUAUCCUGGCUGUUCUGCCUGCCUUCGCUCUCGCUAACGAGGGUACCACCACCCACACGUCCACCGCCGUCGUUACCAAGACCUACUACCUCUCUCAGGUUCACACCAUCACCGCCACUGGUGUGAGCACCACUGCUGUUGAGACUUCCGUCGAGGUUACUUCAACAGCUCUCGUUGAGGAGACCACCACCUUCUGGCCUGUUUCUCACAACAACACCACUCCUGUCUCUACCCCAAAGGCCUCUAACACAGCCGGUAGCACUGGUGGUUCGUCCGAGCCCUCCGAGGUUCCUGGCAACGCUGGAUCUGCUGUCGCCGUCGGCAAGUUCGCUGUGGUCGGCGUUGCUGGUAUGGUUGCCGCUGCUCUUCUGUAAGCGUGUUCUGGAUGGAACGAGGUUCCACUAGAAUCUCGAGACUGUCGACUUGCAUCAAAGUCGACAACAACCACUGUCUCCCAUUUCUUGUCCAUUCACCUUUUAUACCCUGGUCACCAGCGCGGCCUAUUCUUUAUGAUGAAACGCCACGAUACCAACAGCAGGUCGACACUUGUCGCCUGCUUCACCUUGAUGAGUCUUGAGACUCUGCCUGCUGGAUAGCUUGACUGCUUCCUUACG